UGGUGCAGCCGCAGCAGGGCAAGGGCAGGCAGGCGAGGUGCUGUAGUCUGGAUUUGCCUCCGCACCCUCUCCUAUUUCUCCCAUACUGUGUCGUCCCGCGCGCCGUCCCAUGUGGGGAGGUACAAGUACGAGUGCGAGUUUGUGUCGAUCCUGCUCUCACUCUCACUUCCUCCCACUCUCACUCUCACCUCCUCCCACUCUCACCUCCUCUCACUCUCACCUCCUCCCACUCUCACCUCCUCCCACUCUCACCUCCUCCCACUCUCACGCCAUGGACAUGCCUGUGUGUCUGCAAAGCAUCGCCUCGUCCCUCUUCUCCUUCUACAUUCUGCUGUGCCACUGCCUGCACCAUCCCCUGCACGCUCCCACGUCCGCAUGCUAACUGUGUGGCUUCUCAUCGCACAUGUGGCUUCUCUAUGUGUGCAAUCUUGCAAUCAAUCUCUCACCUCCUCCCGCGCCCGCAUCCCUGUCCCCGUGCCUCUGCAGGGCGUCGUCGCCCCGUCCCUCUUCACCUUCCACAUCCUCCUGCGCCACUGCCUGCACCACUGCCUGCGCCACUGCCUGCACCACUGCCUGCGCCACUGCCUGCACCACUGCCUGCGCCACUGCCUGCGCCACCCUUCUCACGCACCCUCGUCCGCGCCCACCUUCUCAACGCCCUCCUGCACGCCAUGCAUCACCACCAUCGCCUGCUCCCCUCCGCGCAAACCCACUCCAUCCUCCUCCGCCUCUUCCUUCACACCGGGCAGCUGUCCCGGGCAGAAAAAUCUUCCCACGCCCUGCUGGACGAUGGCUUGGCGCCGUCCCCUGCUGCCUGCGCUGCGCUGGGGAUGGCCAUAG